GGGGAAGAGACUGCCGAACCUGAUACACGCAUUGGUCCAACAAUCCGACAUGUGGAGGUCGCCGUCGACAGUGCAACCCAUCUGACAAAGCUGCUGGAGAGACCGGGGUCACGCCCUUCGGAUACUUGGGCUUAUUUCCUCGAGAACUUCUUCCAAGGCUCCCCUGCUCUGGUCGAUCCACAUCCGAAGGAUGUCCACUUACUGGCUGGCGGUAAGGUCUUUCGGCAACUCCUAAAAGCUCUCAUCACGGAGUGGUGCUCGGCCCCUUGGUCUAGUAGAUGCCCACCGCCUCUCGCCGUAAUCCGGAAAUUCGAGGAGGUGGGAAUCAUGCGCAACGAAUUCUGGCCAGCCUCAUUGUGGCCGCUUGUUUCUCAUACGCUCGGACAAUCAACCGUGGGCACUGCUGUUGAGGACCAGCCAAUUAUUCUGGGCCAACUCGUGGACCUUUGGCGCGAAUUCUUUAUGAAGUUCAGUUCUAAAAGCCCGGAGCUAGUCUCAAUAGCGGAAAGGGAACAGUUCAGACCUGGUCAGCAUGUGUCCAACACACUCGACCCUUCGCAACUACCAGCAGUUCCCCGGCACUCCAACCAGUGGUCCUGUCUACCACAUCUCUCACAACUCGACAGGGUCACUACAGGAAGUCACCUGAGUCCAAAAUUCGAAGAACGCCUCGACAAGUUUGUAACUAAAUACGACAUGACUCCAGCUAUCGGUCUCCCUAUUUUAAUUACUUUUCUCUUUUUCACUCGCAGAGAAUACGCUGCCGGCAUUCCCCAAAGCCUCCGGACAGAAGCUUUUCCGUUCGUGCGGUUUGUAGCGCAUAUCAUACCCGGGGCCAAUAUGGCGCGAUUCUCCCAAGAAAUCAGGAACAUGAAAGACGCCGAUAUACUUUCUCAAGAGUCUACAGACUUUCUGCAAGAAGCAGUUGAGUCCAUUCCUACUCGAGCUCUAAAAGUGAUUGGCGCAAAGCGAUUUGCCUCGGCAAUGCCAACAACACAAGACCCUCGCGUGGCGGAGGAGUUGAUGGAUUUUUUGAUAAAGCGACUAGCGAGAGCAUUUGAAAGACAAGAUAUGAGAAUUAUCAUCAAUCUUUGGGAGGAAGCUCGUUCGGUCUUCGCCGUCCCCAACUCCAAGAGAGGAUUCCUUAUUCCCAGCAAAAUCUAUGAUGCUCUGUUGUCCGGCCUCAUGGAAAUUAAGAGAGCCGACCUCGCUAUGGCGGCCUGGAACGAAAUGAUCUCUAACGGGACAAAACCAACCGUAAUUACGUGGACUGCCAUGCUUGCGGGGUGUCAAAAGGGUAGGGAUUUGAAUGGCCUCGAGCAAAUUUGGGCACGCAUGAUUGCUUCUGGUGUUCAGCCUGACAAUGCUGCUUGGAACGCGCGCCUCUUUGGGUUGAUCUCCAUGGGGGCACGUGAUGAAGGUCUGACUGCGUUGAGCGAAAUGGGCAAAGCAUGGAAGGACGCGCAGAAUGUUGGGAAACCAACGAAAACAAAGAGCAAAAUCAAAGGCGCUGAAAAACGUGCGAAUCCACCCAAGCCAGAUACUGCGAGUAUUAACGCGGUGUUGACUGCUUUGGCACAUCUACCAGUACCGCCCAAGCGGAAAAGAGAUGCGAUGGAAACGGUUCUCAGAUGGGCCUCAUCGUUUGAAAUUAAAGCUGACAAUAUCACUUAUAAUGUCCUCCUUCGCCAGGCAUUGCAGGAAGGCAAUGCAAGCAUGGUCUCGAAGAUUAUUGCUUCUAUGAAGGCUGACCAGAUUGCCCCCGACAUUGCCACAUACACUAUCCUCAUAAACGACACAUUGAAAACCACGCGUGGCGACCUCUCGGAAGAUGAACAACGACAAUCCAUGAUCGACUUCCUAGAGAACAUCGAAGCUAACGGUCUCACGCCAAAUACGGUCCUCUAUUCCACCAUCAUCGAUCAACUGUUGAAGAGGCACAGCAAUGUCAUUGCCUCCCGGGCAGUCCUGGAUCACAUGGCUCAGCGAUCCAUAAUUCCAUCUGCGCAAAUAUAUACCAGUCUCAUCACCCACUACUUCGAUCAGGACCCUCCUGCCAUCGAAGCAGUGGACUCCUUAUGGAACACAAUCAUCAACACUCCAGGCAGCAUCACGGACAGGACCUUGUACGAUCGCAUGAUCGAAGGCUACGCUCGUUGCGAUGAGAUCGGCAAGAUGAUUACCGUGCUGACGAGGAUGUCCAGGGAAGGGAAGAACCCAUCGUGGAGCGCUCUCAUGUCCAUUGUUACGGCGUUAACUCGAGCUGGCGAUUGGGAGCGAGCUCGCCAGAUCGUGUCGGAUGUUAAGAACGGAGUGGGAUUUGCAAAGGAUGGAGUCAGCAGGAGAGGGCAGACUCACGGGCGAGCCGAAGUCAAUUUCUGGGAACUCGUGAACAACUUGGGGCUAGGCGAUGACUUGGAGAUUUCAUCCAGCACUGGAUACUAAAUUUUGCUUCUAGCAUGCGAUAUAGCCUGAACUAUCUUGUACAUGUAUUAGCCGUGGAGCUGACGGCGUGCAUACGAACUCUUUACGGGAUGGAGAUUAAAAUGUAUAUAAAUUUCCUGGUACGCCUUCCCGUUACCAUGCUGUGUUUAAGGUCUACCUCAACUAUACCAUCUUCUUAUAUAACCCCAAUCCUUUGUACUAUUCUUACUCAAGUUAUCUUAAAAAAGAUCACAUCGCGAAAUAGAU